CCCCAGAGCCCCCAUCCUCACGGAGCAAGUAGGAGCCUCCCCAUCCUCCUCCCGCGCCCUCCCGCCUAGGUCGAUUCCAGCCGCCGCCUGCCUCGCCGCCGGCCCUGUCGCCUCCUCGCACACCCCCCUCCCCUCGUGCAGCCACGGGGACGAAUCGACCGCCCCGCAACUCCCCAUCCCGGCGCCGCCCCUUCCUCCACCCUGUCCCUCCGCCGCCGCCGCUCAUCUCCUCCCAGCCGCCGCCUGCCUCGCCGCCCGCCAUGUCACAUCUCCCUCCUCCUCCCACACCCCCUUCCGCCCCUCGUGCAGCCACGGCGGCAAAUCGAGCCGCCUAGCUCCUCCCCAUCCCGCCGCCCGGGUCCAGCACCCCACGGCCGUGUGCUCCCUUCUCUACUCACUGCCACUAUAAGUCUUUGUUUUUUUGUCCAAUUUGAUGUGAGACGGAAUUUGUAUGAUGUGUGUGUGGGAAAGUGAAGUGGCUGGAAGAUUAAUUUGAUAUGAAUUGAUCUGAAUCGAAGUUGUAUGAUGUAGAUGGGUGUAUUUUUGUGAAAUUGAGAUAGAUGGAAGAUGAACUUGGUUGUUGGUUUAUUUUUCAGAAAAAUGGUGUUGUUCGAUGAUGAUGAUGAUCUUGAGCGAGAAGAAGAGGAGGAUUCUGAUCACUACAUGAUUGUUGCUGCCCUCCUUUCGGACAUUGCGGACAUGGAGGAGAAUGAGAGGACGAAGAAGGAGAAGCGUCGAGAAUCAGUUCCAGGACACAUAGUUGUUCCAAGGGACAUCUAUGGUACCAAUUUGCGGAUCAUUGCCCAGUACUUUGCAGAUCCUCCGAUAUACAAUGCAAAAUUCUUUAGGAGGAGAUAUAGGAUGUUGAGGGAGUUGUUCUUGCGCAUAGUGGCAGAAGUGGAAGCUCAUGAUGACUAUUUCAGGCAGAAAAGAAAUGCUUGCGGCGUUCCUGGUGCCACCGCUUUGCAGAAGGUAGUUGGUUCAUUUCGCAUGCUUGCCUAUGGUGUUCCUGUUGACUCUGUAGAUGAGAUAGUAAGCCUUGCUCAAAGCACAAUGAUAGAUAUUUUCAAGAAAUUUGUGAGGGCUGUGGUUGAGAUAUAUGGGGAUCAGUAUUUGAGGGCACCAAAUGUUGAAGACACCAAAAGGCUCAUUGCUAUGAAUAGCGCAAGAGGGUUCCAUGGCAUGCUUGGUUCCAUUGAUUGUAUGCAUUGGAGAUGGAAGAACUGCCCAACAGCAUGGAAAGGGCAGUACACAGGGCAUGUGGAUGGUCCGACGAUGAUUCUUGAAGCUGUUGCCUCUCAAUAUUUGUGGAUAUGGCAUUCUUUUUUCGGGCUUCCAGGUUCUUUGAAUGGCAUAAAUGUGUUGCAGAGAUCACCAUUGUUUCAGAAGCUCACUUCAGGGACAGCUCCAGAGUUGGAGUACGUGGUGAAUGGGAACAAGUACACCAUGGGAUACUACCUUGCUGAUGGUAUCUACCCAUCUUGGUCAACAUUUGUGAAGACCAUCAGCAAUCCAGAAGGGAACAAGAAGAAGCAUUUUUCAACUAUGCAAGAAGCGGUGAGGAAGGAUGUUGAAAGAGCAUUUGGUGUGCUACAAGCUCGGUUUGCAAUGGUGAGAGGGCCAGCAAGAUGGUGGGACAAGGAGACUAUUUGGUACAUCAUGACAGCUUGUGUGAUCCUACACAACAUGAUCAUUGAUGAUGAGCGCGGUGAGGACGUGGACUUCGAAUAUGAUCAAGAUGAUACCGAAGUGUUGACAAAGGCGGACUACGAGCGUCGUGAUCCACUUCUGCUACGGAAGUUCUUGGCGAUACACAGACGUAUUCAGAGUAGGCAUACUCAUGAUCAGCUAAGAGAUGAUCUUGUUGAGCACUUGUGGGCGCGACAUGAUGCUCAGUAGUUUGUUUAUUUGCUUGUUGCCAUUAUGGAACUAUUUGAUAUGAACUUGUUUAAUUAUUUGUGUUGUUGUGUACAUUUAAAUUGUUCGUAAAAAUUGAAUGUCGAUUUGAAUGUGGUUAAA